UUGCGUGAUAGCUUCGUGGAUAUGUGCCACAAGCAGAGUAACACAGGCUGAAGGAAAGGAUAGAGAAAGGUUCAUGUUAUCGAAUGCUACGGAUCAUGACUGGCUGUCUGAAGGUGCGAGGAUGCUCGAUGUCCCGUUCUAGCCCUGUCCUUUUCUUUCUACUUUUGCUGACAUUCUCCACCAAUAGUGUAGGUUGCUCCAGACGGGACGUCUCGUCGGAUCAUGAUCCACAGGAAGCAAAUGCCAGCACAAACUUGCCACUUCCUCUUCAUGACACUCUAAAAGUCAAGUGUAAGCACAAUAUGGUGCCUAAUUACAGAACAAUAACCUGCGCUGUUGUCGAUGGCCGACCUGAGUGGUUUGCGGGUCCUGACGACCAUCGAGUCCAGGUGUCCGAAGUUGCAUGCGUCGCAAGAUGUCCCGCCACAGUCCCACAAUACCUGGAAGUGUCGGACAUGGAGCCUUCGCAUGCUGCAUUUAUCGACAAGGCGGCCGGCGAAUCUGUCUUAAACUUUUGCAAUAAAGGCUUCAAGUCUUUCGGAUCAUACCGUUGCAGGGAGGCAGACAACGAAACAGCCGAUUGGGAAAAAGAUGACAGCGUUCAACCACAAUGCAAAGCACUUUGCCCUCUGAGAGUGCCAGAUAACAUUCAAGUGCCCCACAUGAACCCUUCACACGAUGCAUUCUAUAACAAGGCAGCUGGUGAAUCCGUUAUCCAAUUCUGCAAGCGUGGGUUCGGGUCCUUGGGCAGGUAUAACUGUAAGAAGAUCGACGACAAGAAAGUUGGUUGGGAGAAGGACAAAGAAUAUCCACCGCACUGCAAAGCAGCGAACUCUGCUAGCGCUGUCCACCAGCAGUUCCUCAUCACCCUCAUAGUCCUACUGCCAUGGCGUGUUUCGUGAGACAUGACUAUGACACAUAGGGCCAAAAUAUUCGUAUCAUCGCUGCAUUCGUAUAGGGCUGCUGCGCAGCCCGACUACAAGACAUUACACUGAUAACCAGGAACGCAAGAAACCAAGAGCCAGAUCAAAAGACAUGGACGCCGAGCGGAUCUACGUACCAGACUCCCAACUGUUUCUGACUCAAUGAACAGCAUUCACGAACUGGUCACAAGAAAGCCAAUGCGUGUCCCUGCCAGGAUCACAAUCUGUGGGCAUUCGGCUGAGAUAUGAUCGGCAUGGCCUUCUUGUGGCAUAUUGUGAUUCCAGUAGCGCCAAUAGCUAUCGUCCAGGAAAGUAGUGGACAACGAGUCAACCCUUGAAACUGUCGUGUUCGCAUGAUACCUUUUCACUGACACAUCCACACAGCAUACUUGCGCUGUGGUAAGGAGAAAGCAGGUUCUCUAUUUCCUACAACCGAUAUCAUUCCAGCAAGGAAACUGUAGUGAUUUACGUCCCAAGAGGGCCGAAGUGGGACGAAAAAUCUUGCAAGUGGGACAUUCCAGCCGAAACCAGCCAGAGGUGUAGCUCAACCCCCUAAUGCUUCCUGGGUGACUCUGGGCUCCCGGACUGCCUCUGAGCGAUCGUGCACUCAUGCCCCCUGCUGCCCACGUGCCGCUUGCGUCUUUUUCCUUUCCUGUUUCUGUUUUCUUUUUCUCCUUUUUUUCUGUUCUUUUUUUUUUUACAAGCAGUAGCAAGUCGACCUCCGUCUGGAUCACCUUUCCUUUUUGCCUGCCUUUUUUUUUUUUUCGUAAUAAAGAUAUUCCCCCACCCCCUUAGAGUCGCUGAAAAAAAGGAAGAAAAAGAGUGUGUAUUCCCUCAUGGGUGUGUAUGCAGGAUAUAAACUUUUUUCUCUCG